UCCAUUCUCUCCACCACACCGCGCGAGCGCGCUCUCUACUCUGCUUGCAUUGCAGUCCACAGCGAUCGUCGUGCAAGUACGGCAGACUUUACUCCGAGGACCGAAAGUUGUUCGCCCACAUCAUCACCACUCGACACUCGGUCCACGCCUGUGCUUUAAGAAGCUGCGGACAUGUCUGACGAAGGAAUAGAAUACGAUCUCAUCAUUCAGGAUGGCCCGAAGAAGGUUGACCUAUCAACACACAUUGACACAGAGGCAAUAAGAGAGGCUUAUAAUGAAGUGAGACAGGAUACAGUAGACAUAGAAUGGCUGGUCUUGAAGUACGAUGGCACCAGGAUAGUCUGUUCAGCCAAAGGAACAACUUUUGAUAAAUUUAAAGAAGAAUUCGGUGAAGAUGAAAGAGCAUAUGGCUACAUAAGAGUACAGAUGGGAGACGAGAUGAGUAAACGGCAAAAGUUCCUCCUGGUGACUUGGGUCGGCCAAGGAGUGGGAGUCAUCAAGAGGGCGAAGAUGAGUACAGACAAGGCACUUGUUAAAAAUAUCUUAUCUAAUUUUGCAGUAGAGCUUCAGAUAGAAAACAAGUCCGAUUUUGAUCUAAACUUUUUUAAGGAACAACUCAACCGGGCGGGAGGAGCAAACUACGGAACUGGAGUCCGGGACCUCUGAUGUAUAUUCACAUUAACUACAGUAAAUAUGUGUGCAAUAUAGGUUAAGUGAUGCAUGAUCCUAAUAUCUCAUCGACUGCACAAGAGUCCUUAAAUUAAUUUAUAUUUGAGUGAAAACUUAUACAAAAACAAAGUUUUUAUAAACAAAAUCAAUCAAAACAUAUUUCUUUUGCUUGAAUUAUGCAUUUAUUUAUUUCUGUAUUGAAGUUUUAACUAAUACUUUAAGUAGUAAAAUUUUGCAUUAUUGUAAAUAAAAAAUGUAUGCACCAA